AUGAAGCAAUCACUUCGAAAAUGCGCUCGCAACGCAGCAUGCUAUAUCAAAUUAGAUGAACUGCGCGCAGUUGGUGCGGCUCGUGAACGUCGUGAAUUCACGGUAACAAGACAGCACUCGACGCUGAAUUUUCACAACUUUCCAGGAGGCACACAAACAACGAAAACAGAAGAUGGUCCGCAAAAUUAUAUGACUGCGACUUCAGAACAGCCGGAGACUACUUUCCGCGUGAAGACUACGCACAUUUUAGUGAAAAUCGAACUGAAAUCAAGGCUGAAGUUUCCUUCCAUCAUGCAGCUCGCGACAACAUAA